AUGUCGGAUUCAUUCCGCCAGUAUUAUUACGACCAGUACGAUGACCCACAGAACUGCUAUGGCCAGCAAGCUGCUGGAUAUAGUCACGGAGAUACUCCUGGCAAUUAUUCUUCAACGCAAUACCAGCAAGGACAGCGUUCGCAGUACGCAUACAAUCAGGCUCUUCCUACCAAUAACCAUUAUGUGAAUCCAUCCCCAGGCAGCCAUCCUGCACAAGAUCAGCAAAGCUAUACACCUUCCUACGACGCAAGGCAACCAGAUGGACAUCGGCAUGAGCAACCCACGUCCAUGAGAUGCGAGCAAAGCUCAUCUUAUCUACCACAGACUCAGCAUCGGCAAGGCCAGAAUGUGUCUUACUAUCAGACGCAGUCAGAGCCUGUCCCUACUACAGACACAUCCGAAGGUGAAAAGGGGUUUAUCUCGCAUGAAGCCGGCGUCAUCGGCAGGGGCGCUCUAAGUCACAAGCUGGGAGAUGGGAUGCUGGGUGUUGCAGGAGGUGCAUUGGCAGGCGCUGCAGGCAUGAACAUCGCAAGUAAACUACGCAAGAGGCAUAAGAAGAAACACCAUGGCAAGAGUUCCCGUCGUUCAAGCUCCAGUCCCAGCUCAAGCUCCAGUUCCAGCUCAAGCUCGAGUUCAAGUUCCUCUAGUGAUAGCCAUUAG